CAUCCGAGUUAGAUUGACGAGCUGACGAAAAUCUAUGCGAGAUCUCAAUUUUAUGGAAAUUUCUUGUGAACUGUCUACAGAAUCAAGUCAUUGUUUUUAAUUGCUCGUGAAGUACCGUACACCUCAGCAAAAUCAGGAUGUCUGGUGCGAUGGGUAAAGCCAUCGAUAUUGUGAAAAAGGCAACGGAUGAAGAUAAAGCAGGAAAUUAUGCAGAAGCACUCAAGCUCUAUGAGCAUGGAGUCGAGUACUUCCUUCACUCUAUCAAAUAUGAAGCAAAUGGUGAAAGAGCUAAGGAGAGCAUAAGAUCUAAAUGCGUAGAUUAUUUAGAGAGAGCAGAACAAUUAAAGGAGUAUCUCAAGAAGAAAGAUAAGAAAAAGGUCAAAGAGGGGUCGUCAGGCGGAUCAAAAGGGAAAAGCAAUGGCAAGGAGAGUGAUAGUGAAGAGGAGAGUGAGAAUGCAGAACUCAAAAAGAUGGAAAAACAGCUGGAAGGUGCCAUUGUGGAAAAUCCUAAUGUAAAGUGGUCUGAUGUAGCCGGCCUUGAGGUCGCCAAAGAAGCCUUGAAAGAAGCCGUCAUCAUGCCUACCAAGUUUCCUCAUCUCUUCACAGGCAACCGAACACCAUGGAGAGGAAUCCUUCUAUUUGGGCCCCCUGGUACUGGAAAGUCUUUCCUUGCUAAGGCCGUUGCCACAGAAGCCAACUCCACAUUCUUGUCCGUCUCAUCGUCAGAUCUAAUGUCAAAAUGGCUUGGUGAAAGUGAAAAAAUGGUCAAGUCAAUGUUUGCUGUAGCUCGGCAAAAGAAGCCCGCUAUCAUAUUCAUAGACGAAGUCGACUCCCUCUGCGGAUCAAGAAGUGACACUGAAAGUGAGUCAGCACGGCGAGUCAAGACAGAGUUCCUGGUACAGAUGCAAGGUGUUGGGGUAGACAAUAGCCAGAUCUUGGUUUUAGGAGCAACCAACAUCCCCUGGGCACUAGAUGCUGCUAUUAGGAGAAGAUUUGAAAAGAGAAUAUACAUACCCCUCCCGGAAGUCCAGGCAAGAAUCACGAUGUUCAAACUGCACAUGGGUGAGACGAAGACAACCGUUACGGACCAGGAGUUCCGAACGCUUGCUCAGAGGUCGGAUGGAUACUCUGGUGCAGACAUCAGUAUUGUUAUACGCGAUGCUCUUAUGAUGCCAGUUAGGAAAGUACAGAGUGCCACGCAUUUCAGAACGGUUUCGGGGCCUUCACCGAGUGAUCCUUCUGUGACUGCACAUGAUCUGCUGGAGCCGUGUUCUCCUGGAUCCCCUGGAGCCAAGGAGAUGUCAUGGAUGGAAAUCGAUGGAAAGAAACUCUUAGAACCACCUGUAACAUAUAAAGACCUACUCAAAGCUCUUGAGAAUACCAAGCCGUCAGUCAAUGAGGCGGACUUGAAAAAACAGGAGCAGUUCACUGCAGACUUUGGCCAAGAGGGAUAGUAGAUGCUCAUGGUAUCUUAAAUUCUUCAAUGUAUCCAAGUGGAUAGUGAUGGACAAUAUAUAGCAUUUCUCAAUGAUGUUCCUUCAAUAUUGCUUGGUGAAAAUUUCUUUUCACCAUCUACAGUCACAAAAGCUGGAUGAUACAGUGUUGCAUCAGUUACAGUGUCUGCUGUUAAAGAUAAAGAGAUUUUACUAGGAAGACAAAUUUCAUUUUAGACAAAUUUUAACUUGCUUCGAUAAAAGUGUUACAACGAUAAUGAAACAUUGCUAGUUGUGACUUUCAUGUUAUGCAAUAUGCAUUGCCACUACCGUGGAACUAAAAUGCAUUUGCUAGGCUGUCUGUCACAUUAGGUUAAUGUGUGGGUAUAUACAUUAGAGGACUUGCCAUAGUGUCUGGUCAUGUUCUCAGCUUUUCUUCCAACUAAACUAGUUUUAGAAGAUAAGUAAGAGGAAAUAGAACUCUCAUCUGGUGGGUGUUUCAUAAAACUAUUCGUAAAGUCAGGAACAGCUUUACGCAAGACUGGAACAUGUUCUUAGGUCAUAAAUCAAUUAAAUAGGCAUAUCACAUAGCACAAGAAACCUAGUUUUAGAAGAUGAGUAAGAGGAAAUAGAACUCUCAUCUGGUGGGUGAUUCAUAAAGCUGUUCGUAAAGUUACGAACAGCUUUACGCACGACUGGAACAUGUUCUUAGGUCAUAAAUCAAUUAAAUAGGGAUAUCACAUAGCACAAGAAAGGAUCACCAGUCGUGCGUAAAGUCGUUCGUAUCUUACAAACAGCUUUAUGAAACACCCACCUGGUGUAACAGUUUGUUUCCUCGACAUGAAACAGAGGAUGAGUGAAAACUUUCCUUCCUCAAUUUGUAUUUUGUUAACCCGAGAAUCCUUUCAAAAUUACUAUUUGUUCCACCCCCCCGAGUAUUUGGCCAAGGUAAUUCUUAUACACACAUUCUUUGGCCUAAAUCUUUAAAAAGCUAAUUACAGUGUUGUUUUGGAACCAAUUGAGAUCCGAAAUUUUUAAGCAACA